AUGAUAGAAGAAGUAGAACAAGAGAAAGUGUCAGAAAUAUGGAAAGUCCAUGAUACCUCCAUGAUGAUACAAAGACAUUCACCAAGAUGUGUUAAAUCUACAAGAGAGUAUAGCUUUUAUAAGAGAAAUUUAUAUGGUCGUGUUUGGGGAUUAGCGCGAAUAGCAACUUUACUUGCAGUUGAGCAAGAUGAUGAUGAAAUUACUACCUUUCUUCAAGACUAUAUUAGAAGAAAAUUAAAUGAAUAUAUGCAAGAAAGGCCUGCAAUUGACGAAAGCUCUGCAAUUGAUGAAAGACCUGUAAUUCGCGAAAGACCCCUAGCUGCUAUAAAUGAUGAAAUACCCAAUAAUGCCCAUGAAAUAAAUGAGUAUAACAUUAAUGCUGAUUCAGAAAGUAAUGAAAUAGAGGAGGAAAUAGAGGAGAAAAUAGAACAAGAAAAUGAGAUCACUAAUCUCAAUAACAUGAAAAAUCCGAACAAAGUUACUGGUAGAG